CGAGGAGCUUUAAAGGAAGGAUCUGGCACUAUCUGGGGGUUAAAAUGUAAAGUCCAGGUAUUAUCAGGAGGGAGGGACGCAGGUGAAGUUCAGAGCAGUUCAUAUUUGGCAGCAGCGCAGUGCUUUUUUUCACUGUAUGCUGAAGAAGAGCUCUUGUUCUGUAUUCUGGUGUCAAAAGUAAAGACUGGAUUCAUGGCUGCCUGUCACUGGAUUCUCCUUGUGUGUCUCAUGCUGAAUGUCUGUCAGAGGGCUGUCGCACUGGAGAGAGAGGACUGCAGCGUCUCCACAGAAAACAAAUGUGAUUUUGUUUGUGACUGUAAAGACUGUAGUGAUGAGCAAGACUGCGGUUAUCGAGGACGGGAGUUUGUGUGUGAUUUUGAGCACGAGGGGAAGUGUGGAUGGACUGACAAGUCAAUUGAAGCUGGGUACGUGUGGCAGAGACAGCAGAGAGGGAACACGCUCCCUGACAGUGGGCCGUCCUCCGACUACACCACUGGCACUUCCACAGGCUGGUUCAUGGCAGUGACAGCUGUGACUUCAGAUUCUCCCAGGACUGCUGUGCUUGUGUCCCCUACAAUAAAACAUUCAUCUCCUACUUGUCGCCUUCGGCUCAGAUACUUCAUCUGGGACUCAGGUUACACAGGGCUGGGUGACACACCUCUGUGGGGGUCAGUGUGGCAAACUGACGGCGAGGAAGCUGUGGUUUGGAGGCCAGAGAGCUCCAGUGUCCGAAGCUGGAGGGAAGCCACCAUCUAUCUGGGCCAUAUCCCGGGCGCUUUCCAUAUAAAGCUUCAUUCCAGACGCAGUGAAGGGAAGCAGGGAGAUGUGUCAAUCGAUCAGAUGGAAUUUCUAGAUUGUGCCCUGCCAGUUCCCCCUGAAAGUGGAACAUGCAGUCCUGGUUUUGUGAAGUGUAAGCGGGAGGGAUGUGUGGAGGACUAUAAAGUGUGUGACGGCACGGAUGACUGUGGUGAUGGAACGGAUGAAGAGAACUGUGAGCAGAACAUGAGCUGUAGCUUUGAGGAUGGUCUUUGUGGAUGGGACAUAAGGACGUUAUCAUCCCUGAAAUGGACAAGGACCAAUCAGAUGAAUAUAUCACUUUCUGAGCCUCUUAAAGGACCUGGUAGAGACCACUCAACUAAUACGAUGAAAGGACAUUUCUUGUAUGUAACCAAGCCGGACAUCCUGAAGAAUGACUGGACGUCUUUUCAAAGCCCUUGCCUUGCACCAACCAAUGACACACAUCCUUGUCGGAUGAUAAUGUACACACAUCAGUUUGGCCGAGUAUCAGGCGGACUGUCAGUGUUGGUGGCCGGAACGCAGAUUUAUCCUGUGUGGGAACGUGGAGGUGCUCUCGGGGACUUGUGGGUAAAGGCUGAGGUGGAGUUUGUCGUCAAUACCACGUUCCAGAUACUAUUUGUUGCUGCCAUUCGAGACUAUGCUUAUGGAGGGAUCGCUAUUGAUGAUAUUGUGUUGUCCCCUGAGUGCGUCUUAUCCAAUGAAUCAAUGCCCAUUCCAGGAUUUCCAAAGCCUCCCGCUGGCCCUUGCAUAGAGGACAGUCUGAAAAUCUGUGACUUUCAUGAGGACUGUCCUGCUGGAGAAGAUGAAGCUCAGUGUGGGGACUUCUCAUAUGAGAUGGGAAGCUCUGGCUGGACAGACACCAGUAUAGGGAGCCAGGCCUGGGAGCUAAAAGUGGAGUAUAAUGAUACCAUCAUCCAAGAGAAGUUUCUGUUUGUGACUGGUGCUCCCGGGCAGCAGUUAAGUGAAGCCCAAACUCGUACACCUCUCUUGGGUCCAUCAGGUCCAGCGUGCACCCUUCAGUUCUCCUACAGUCUCAGUGGCAGUAACCCACACAUUGGUGAUCUGGCAGUGUAUGUUGUAGACAGUGUGUUAGGGACUCAUCCUGUGCUGUGGGAGUUUGCUGGAAGGACCAGUGAGACAGCAGGGAUUUGGCUAAAGGAGGAAGUCUAUGUUGGAGCAAGAGAUAAUCGCUUUCAGUUAGAGUUCAGGGCCCGUGCUGAAGAGCUCUCCCCAAGUAACCAGAUUGCAGUGAAGGAUGUGCACUUUGUUCACUGUUCUCCUAUGUUUAUCCCCUCUGGUGAUGUAUCAUGUAAUUUUGAGGUAAAUUUGUGCGGGUGGUACCAGGACCAAACAGAUAAUUAUGACUGGAGGCUUCAUAGUGGAAUGGACCACACUGUCCAUGUUGGUAGGAGUCUGGUGGUGGAUAUGUGGGACACUUCACUGCGAGGUCUUUCUGGACGCCUCCUCUCAGUCAGACAGCAAAGUAACACAGAGUACUGUCUGUCCUUCUUCUUCAAACUCUAUGGGCCAAACACAGGCGCUCUCAGUGUAAAGCUGCUAUUUGCUGAUGGCUCAGAAGAGCUGUUGUGGAUGCGCAGUGGUGCCCAUGGUAACGUCUGGCAUGAGGGCCAUUGCCCUGUGCCUCCUCAGCUCUCUGCUUUCCAGCUGGUGUUUGAGGCAAUCCGCUCUGGUUUUGAUGGUCAGUUGGCUUUAGAUGAUGUGGCAUUUGUGACUAGACCAUGUACUUUGCCCUCUAUGUGCUCAUUUGAGAGUCAGACUUGUGGCUAUACCAGUUCUGGAAGAGCCAGGUGGAUACACCAGAACUGGGCAUUGAACAAAAAUGGACCCGAGACCGACCACAGUCUGGAAACAGAAAAAGGUUUCUACAUGCUGGCCAACAGCAGUGUGGAUGUCCUUCCCAAGGGUAGUGUGACCACCUUGACCUCCCCUGUGCGCAGAGGUUUGACUCACACAGAAUGUGUACAGUUCUGGUACCACACAGGAGGAGACAAUCCAGGCACGCUUAAUGUUUAUGUGAAGCCAUCUGAUGGAGACAGGAUACAGUUAUUCUCCAGCAGUGUGAGGCAGGGACAUGCCUGGCGACAUGGCCAAGGGAACGUCAGCUCGCAUGGGGACUGGCAGUUGCAGUUUGAGGUGAAGGGUGAAGGAGGCAUAUUCAGUUUUAUUGCCAUUGAUGACAUCACCUACUCGACCCACAGCUGCCCCACAACAGAUAGUGUCUGUGAUUUCGAGAAAGGUUUGUGUAGUUGGUCCAACACUCAGAACCCAUCUGUAGACUGGUUAGACUGGGACCUGACCAGUGCACAAGCUGAGAUGUUCUACAGCACACCACCAUAUGACCACACACUGCACACAGAAGAAGGACACUUCCUGGUCCUUCCUAACUCCCAGCGGGACACCGCUACCCAGAAUGCCUGGCUGCUGAGCCCUCAUCUGGCACCAACCAAAGGAACCUGCCUGAGCUUCUGGGUUUAUCAGCCAACCAUUUAUGACAGCAAACUCACAGUGUGGAGGCUGUCUGAAAAAUCCAGACAAGAAUUGCUGACGCUGCAUGAAGGAGGUGGAAACUGGGACUACUUUAGUGUCAAUAUCACGUCAGAAACCGAGUACCAGAUUGUACUGGAGGGAUUUAAAGGAGAGAAGGGUGUUCUUGCCCUGGAUGACAUACGGUACACGAUUGGGGUGAACUGUGCUGGGCAGAUGACUGACAAAACCCCAUCAUCAUCUAACAACACAGGAACCAUUGUGGCCUCUGUUGUAUUCGUCAUUCUGCUCUUAUUGAUUCUCGCUGCCUUGCUGGUGUUCUACCUGAGGACUAAACAGAAAGCCAAUGCCUCAAUACGGGCCUCAAGCGUACAUCAUAUAAGCUGUGCUAGCUUUAGCAAUGAACUGUAUGAUUCUGGAGAUACUGAACGUCUGGAGGAGGUGCAUAAGAAUACAGGACCGUAGGAGGUUUUUGUAGUGACUGCGCCACAAACUGGCAGCCUUCAAGCAAAACAGUCGACAUCACAGCAGGAGAACUGCUUGUGUCGCCAUGGCAGGACUAGCCCGGUCAUAACACAUGCAAAAACACACCCAACAUGCCAAAACUAAUGCUAUCCAAAAGAUACAGGGUUAUCUUUACUAUGAGUGAAAUAUUGGGGUGAAAUAAUCCAGAAAUCUGCUUCUUACAAUUACUAAUUUUACUCAGCUGGUGAUGUAGUCUAUGCUGUAACAGGAUAAAAUUUACAUUGUCCAAACAAGUAGUCCAUUACUAUAUAAUUUAAUAUAUGAUGCAAUAAACAGAACAGCAAAAUACAGAUGUUAAAAAGCAAACAAUCAACAAUUGUUAAAGGUUUUUGUAGUUUAAGUGGUUUGGGUUCAUCAUGGCCAUCAGUGAGAAAGAUCUAGCCUGUGGAUGGGAUUUCACUUAAUGGAUUCUCUCUAUUGCAGAAUAACAGAGGUUCCAAAAUAAUGCACUACAUUUUUAGGGGUACAAUGCACAGUUUUUGUUAUGGUAGAGGUAAAAUGUGAACUAAAUUAACCAUUUGAGGUCCCUUUUGUAAUGAUAAGAGGUGUUUUAAAAUGAAGAGACAAGUAUAAUUUUAAUAAAUUAAAAUGUUGUAUUCACAUUUUGCAUAUUUUAAAAUGUAAAAUGACAAAUUUGAGUAUUUAUUUUAAAAAUUGUCAUGCAAUUAAAAGAAAUAUUAUUAAACUCAUCUUAAUUUAGUAAUUGUUCAUUUCAAUCUGUGUGUGUAUAUGUAUGUGACUACCUUAAAAAUAUUUAUAGUUCAUUUAUUUAUAAGGUAUUUAUUACACUGAUUGUCUUCUACUCUCUGUCUGAUUGUCUUAAGUACUAUAAAAAUUAUAUUUAUAUUUCAAAAAAUCAUAUACUAAUAAAAUAGGUACUGGAUUUUGUAUGCAUUACGUAAAGUGUUAAUGUCGUUGUUUACACACACAAAAAUAAUGGCUUUGAAUCGUAUGAAACAAUGUUAGUGGGUUUUUUCAUACACAUGUCAGUGAUGAUAUAUUUUCUUUUUCGAACUCGGCAUUACUGACAGACGCUAAAGCGAAACUGAAUUACGGGGUCUCUUAGCAACGGCGAAGUCUCCACGGCAACAUCAUCCUCCCGAUCCGUCUGUCGAAAAGCUCAAUAGAUUAUUUCAAGCAACAUCCUCACACUACGUCAGCAGUAAAAGAUGGAAAGCUUUGCUAUGUCAAAAUUAAAGCUCGGAUUAUAAACUCCGUGAUGGGGAGUAAAACGCCGCUGUUUAUGAAUUAUUUUCAAAGCGCGAGACACGAGCAGUGACUCGUGGAGGGAUAACAGACGAGCGCGUGAGUGAGAUUAAUCGACAGUGAUGCUGUAGCUAAAUUCCGUGCAAACUGCAUUGCUGUGCAAAAACGUGUUAACCAGCGAAUACUUGCACUUACCGGCAGGAUGGACCCUGGUGUGCUCAUAUUCUUACUUUACGUGAUGAUAGCUCACGAGCUGGUGUGUGGACUGAUGCAGUACAGGAGACAAGCAGCCAAGCCACAUAAACGCCUAACGUGGUGCUCCAGUGCCCGUGUCUGUCAUGGAACGUGGCGAGUCAGUAGCCAGCCGGUCCGGAGGAGAGACUCAAAGAAAACUGGACGUAUUGUCAGGAAAGCAUGACAUAAAGGCUACUGUGGACAUAUGAUCAAUAAUUUUGAUUCUUAAUCAUCCAUUCUGCACUGUGAUCACUCACUGAAGCUAUGCUGGACCGCUCACUGCCGUUCAUGAUUAUAUAGUAACUGCAGCUGUCAUGCACAAAGUUUACAGUUUUCCUUCUCACUGUAAUUCUGAAUAUCUUUUCUUAAAGUGAUAGUCCACCCAAAAAUGAAAAUUCUCUCAUUUACUCCAGAUGUAUGACUUUCUUUCUUCAGAUAAACACACAAAGAUUUUUAGGAAAAUAAUCCAUCUCUCUGAGUCCAUAUAAUGCAAGUGAAUAGGUGCUGCUUUGUUGACGCUUGAAAAUCCACACACAGCAAUCGUGAUGGUAAUCCAUAUGACCCCAGUGGAUGAAAGUUCAGCUUGAGCACUUGUAUGACAAUAGACCAGAAGCAAUGAUUUAUAGUCAAAAAAAAAGGAAAAAGUUACAAUUAGUUUUUCUUACAGACAUGUUUCGCUUCAGAAGACAUUGAUUUAUCCACUAGGGUUGGGUUAUAAAAGUAAUCCAAAUGUCUCAUGCAGUAUUCCAAGUCUUCUGAAUGCAUACAGUAGCUUUAUGUAAGGAACAGGCUUUGUGUUUUCACAUUAGACAGAAAGUCAUACAGGUUUAGAACAGCAUGAGGGUGAGUAAAUUAUGACCGAAUUUUCAUUUUUGGAUGACCUAUUCCUUUAUAGAUGUUUGUGUAAUUUGUGUAAUUUGAAAGCUGCUAUUUUAUUUCUUUAAACUGAGUAUUGCCUUUAUAUGAGUUGUGGUAGCCAAAAACACAAGGUUCAGUCCAAACCUGAGGGGAUUUGCGAGCUCUGAACAAUCACAAUCUGAUAUCACUGUGCACUUAAGCAUGGAUUUUAAUCCCAGAUUGCUGGAAAUGGACUAUUCUAGCAACCACAUCGCUUUUGAUGAAAAUUAUUUGGUAAAUGUCAAAACAGGUUUGAAAAUAUAAUUUGCAUUUUUUUUUUUUUUGCCAUCAUAUACUGUUUAAAAAAAUGCAAUUUCUUGUUUUAGAUGUAACAAGUGCUUAACAAGUGCUUAACCAGUGUACUCGUGUGUACGAAUUUAAUUAAACAUGCAUUUCGUUAGUAA